AACAAUAGUUUUUAUUCAGUAUUUGUUAGAGGUAAUUUAAUAUUCUUGACAAAUUAUUCUUUUGGUACCAUGCACUGAUAUACAUUUAUAACAAGCACUGUUGAUUGUUAAUUUUGAUAAGAGUUAAAUAAUUGAUGGCUGAUGUAAGCUAUAAUAAUAGUAUUCUAUACUUUACAUAACUUUAAUACUAGUGGCCUUGUCACUUUAUGUCAGUAUAACAACUUUUGUUUAGUUAUAUAAGUUUAUACAACCCUACAGUUAGUGUCCAAGUACACACUGCAACUCCAGGCAUAAUUCAAACACUAUGGCAGAUACCGUUGGAAAGGUUAUUAAAUGUAAGGCAGCUGUUGCUUGGGAGGCAAAGAAACCAUUAACACUUGAAGAAGUUGAAGUAGCGCCACCAAAGGAAAAUGAGGUUAGAGUAAAAAUUCUUGCCACAGCUAUAUGUCAUACUGACGCAUAUACCAUGGAUGGUCAUGAUCCAGAAGGAAACUUCCCUUGUAUUUUGGGUCACGAAGGAGCAGGAAUUGUUGAAAGUGUUGGUCCAAAUGUGGUAGAAUUCCAACCAGGAGAUCAUGUUAUUCCUUUAUACAUUCCACAGUGCGGAGAUUGUAAAUUUUGCUUGUCUCCAAAAACUAAUGUGUGUAGUAAAAUUAGAGUUACUCAAGGUCAAGGUAAAAUGCCCGACAAUACUUCUCGUUUUACUUGCAAAGGACAAUCUCUGUACCAUUUCAUGGGAUGCUCAACUUUUAGCGAAUACACAGUUGUAGCUGAUAUUUCAUUAUGCAAGGUAGAUUCCACUGCAUCUUUUGACAAAAUUUGUCUUUUGGGAUGUGGUGUUUCAACUGGAUUUGGAGCAGCUCUAAACACCGCAAAAGUCGAACCAGAUUCAACAUGUGCCGUUUUUGGCUUAGGGGCUGUAGGGUUGGCAGUGAUAAUGGGUUGUAAAGCUGCUGGUGCAAAGAAAAUCAUUGGCGUGGAUUUAAAUGAAAGCAAAUUUGAAUUAGCUAAAUUAUUUGGUGCUACUGAUUUUGUAAAUCCGUUGAAGUAUGAAAAACCUAUUCAAGAUGUUCUUAUUGAGAUGACUGAUGGCGGACUUGACUAUACAUUUGAAUGUAUCGGAAAUGUUAAAACAAUGAGAGCUGCAUUAGAAGCUUGUCAUAAAGGUUGGGGUGUAUCUGUAAUUAUUGGAGUGGCUGCUGCUGGUCAAGAAAUUUCUACAAGACCUUUCCAGCUUGUCACUGGGCGUACAUGGAAAGGAACUGCAUUUGGAGGAUGGAAAAGUAAAGAGAGUAUUCCUGAAUUAGUUUUAAAAUACUUGGAUAAAAAUCUAAUGUUAGACGAGUUUGUAAGCCAUAAACUCCCAUUUGAAUCUAUCAAUGAAGGAUUUGAAUUACUGCACUCAGGAAAAAGUAUUCGUACAGUUCUUGAGUUUUAGUACAGAAUUAAACUACAAAAUAAAAUAAAAGUAAAUAUUACAAAAUGUGUAUUCAAUAAAACCAUAUUAGAAAUACAAAACAAAUAAUUAAUUAUUUUACAAAUGAUUCACAAAUCAUUAUAUUUUUAAGUAAAAACCAAGGAACAAAAAAUAUACUUAUUAUAAUGCUACAAGUUAAAACUACUCAUUUAACAUUACACUACUAUCAUACCUAUUAAACUUGUAAAUUAUUUAUGAAAAUGUAUAAUAGUUUUUAUAAAUAAAACAUUGGCUGCGAGGAAA